GGGUUCCAUAUAUGUACAGCCAACAGGGACCCCGGGUCAUUGUGGCCCCACCACCGUCAUCACCGGCCUGUCGGCGGGUGCUCCAAGUACCUUGGCCAAAGUCUUGACUUACAAUCGUGAAGGAUUUGCUGAUUUGCAUCAUCCUUCGAGUUCGUACGUUCUUCGAGUGUAGAUUAAGCCCUGUUCACGAUGGGAUCGGUUCGGAAGAGCAACCUGCUGAAUGGAGUCUUGAAAAGCGCAAUAGCAUCUCCUGGCAACCACUUCAAUGCUACUCGACGGCCCUCAAGUUUACUAUCUCAACCCAGAAGAAUGCUGUCUGAUUUCCACCGGCUCAAAGGCUCCGGUUUAGUGCCCAUGGUGAUCGAGCGUGAAGGACGCGGGGGCGAACGCGCUUUUGAUAUCUUUUCUCGGCUUCUCAGGGAGCGGGUGAUCUUUGUUGGUGGAGAGAUCAAUGACGCGGAUGCAAACUUGAUCGUGGCUCAAUUACUCUACCUAGAGGCGGAAAGUCCAGAUCCCAUCGAGUUGUAUAUAAAUUCACCUGGUGGAAGCGUUACGGCUGGAUUGGCAAUUUAUGAUACUAUGCAAUAUGUCCGAUCACCAGUGCAUACAAUCUGCAUAGGGCAGGCUUGCUCGAUGGGGUCAAUCUUGUUAGGAGCUGGUGCCAAGGGAUUUCGCAAAGCGCUACCGAACUCGACGAUUAUGAUUCAUCAGCCAUCCGGUGGUUCAAGUGGUCAAGCAUCAGAUAUGGCCAUUCGGGCCAACGAGAUCUUACGUCUGAAGAAACGCUUGAUCGAGAUCUACGCAAAGCAUUGUGGCAAAGAAGACGAAAGUCAAACGGACCGAUGCAAUCGAUUUGAACAAGCCUUGGAGCGAGAUAAGUUCAUGGACGGUGAGAGUGCCCAAGCCUUCGGGAUUAUUGAUCAGGUCGUCGCCUCUCGUUCUUCCAAGCCCAACGAUAAUUAGUCCUACCGGCACGGUACAAACUCAACUGCAGAGUCCACCAAGCCGGUCCUCAAUAAUUUAGUGAAACUUAUCUGAAGGCAAUAAAUCAAUGAUAGGUGUCAAAAUUGUGGCUUGAAAUACGAAAUGAGGAGAACUGGAAAGGCUUUGACGCGUAUUGGGUAGCAUAUUACUCUUAAAUUUGAUUGCAUUGACUCUUCUUCAUGUAUGGAUGAGUGUCGUUUGCAUCGUCUGUGAUUCUCCUGAUACGGUCCCAUUUUCAAGAAGGUUAAUCUUAGGAAUACAUAUCUCUCCAAAGCUCUUCAGUCCAUCAGAUCAAUUUUGUGCGGCAUACCUGGUCUUCUGAUUUGUUUGCUCCCUUCUGAUGACCAUGCCUGGAAUUGACAGACCA